AUGGCUGGCCUAUCCGAGGCAUCUCAAGGGUCUGAAGACGCCAAUUUCGACAUUUUUGAAUGGUAUCCACGGUACCAAAGUUGUCAGAGAUAUUUCGUCGACUAUGCGCAACAUAGCGUUCCAGUCCAGGCACUUUCGGCCUUUCUCAAUAUCCAGCUUCCGUUUCAAAAGCAGCCAUACCCAGUCUUCAAUUCGAGCACACCAGCUCCGGGAACAGGUCCCUCGCUUUCGAACCAGACGCCUCAUGCAGUGUCAUCAGUCUCUUUGAUCCCUUAUAUCAGACGUCUCGUCGCCACUGGAAUGGACUUUCCUGGAGUACUACAUGGAUUCUUUGGAGACGACUGGACCGCCGGUGUGGGACCCUUACACGAGCACGAACGUCGAAAUUAUCUCUUUGCCGCUAAGAGCGGUGGAUGGGCUGCAGUGAAGAAGGAUUACGAUAUGGGACCGUCAGAGACAGUGCCUUUCCUACGGCCACUACAAGGGCCCAUUGACUCCGAACUUGAGGCUGCUGAGCGAAGUUGGAGCGAAUGGUUGGCGAUGGAGGAUUGGAUGGUUGGACCUCGGUUCCCUGAUACGCUGCAUGAUUCUUCGUCAUUUCAUUCGAGAAAUCGAGGGUCAAGAUAA